UGCAGCCCAAUAAAGGCUGGGGGUGAGCUGCAAGGCUCAGCUCUCUCGGUUCCUCUCCUCCACAACCUCCAGAGGCCUGUGGCCAUGACACAGCUGUAUCUGCUCAUUGUGGCUCUCCUGGUCUUGGGUCAUGUGCCACCAGGGAGAAGUGAAUUCAAACGGUGCUGGAAGGGCCUGGGGGCCUGCCGAACUUACUGCACGAGGCAAGAAUCCUACAUGCACCUGUGCCCGGAUGCCUCCCUGUGCUGUCUGCCCUACACACUGAAGCCUAUGUCCAUAGCCCAUGGUGACUAUGAGUAGACUUCUCCAGGUGGCCAUCUUUGCUUUCCAAUAAAACACAUGCUGC